GUUUCUUUAUCUUUCAUGGAACAGAUAAGGCAACAGCUUAUUGAUAUAGCACGAAAGGAAUGUCAUACUGUGACACAACAACUCUAUUGUCAUCUCAAAAAAGAUAACGUCAUUUCUUAUCUUGACACGUGGACUGAAGAAGAGUCGCCUGACGUAACUGAUAACGAUCUUGAUGUUACACGAUUCGAAGCGAAAGAUAUGAUACUGAAAAAAUUACUGAAUGUUAUUCAAACUUGGGAGAAUGACACACGGAUUGUGGAAAGAGCAACCCAGCAGCUUACUGACUUGUUCAAUAAAGAGUGCUUAGUAAUAUCACAAAAAUGUAAAGAAGUUAGCGAAAUCCUGAAAGGCGGUUCUCUCUCAGACGGAGGCGGCCUUGUUCUAGGUGGCGGCGGAGGCAGCGAAUCAACCGAGAAUGCCGAAUUAGAGGGCAUCCAUAUUGCGAUCUUAGUAGCAACUGCUCCAAUAUGGGUCCCUGUUGGACUUGCUGCACUUGCCAUAUUUGUACCUAUUGGCUUAGGAUACCGUGUAGUAGACAGUAUUAGAAGGGCUUUCGAAAGAAAAGAAUACCGAAAGAACAAGGCAAUAUUUAUGAAGAAAUGGACACAUAUUCUACUUGAAGACUUACAUAAAAAAGAAAAUAUAUCUAACCUGAUUGAAGGAAUAUACUUAAAGAGUAUGAUAGAGCGGAUUAACUAUUUGUUUUCCACUUUUUUACCGAAACAAAUUGAAGCCGAUAGAGCUCAACUGCUCAGCAUUCUAAACGAUAAAAGAAGUGCUGACCAAAUUAUUUAUCAAUUUCAACCAAAGAAAUUAAAAGUGAAGUCUAUUGUCAAAUCACUGCUCUUAUUUGAUUUGAGAUAUUUAGCUGAUGAUGUCAUUGAUAUAUCAAAGAUUCUACGGUACAGACAAAUUGGAGGGGGGAGUUUUUCUGAUGUAUAUCGGGCGACAUGGAGACAGAGUGACGGAAGUGAAAAAGAAGUCGCUCUAAAAAUCUUAAAAGGUCAUGACAUGUACUUACAGCUAUGUGAGGUUGAUUGUUCAAGGAAGUUAAGGCACAAAAAUAUAGUUGAUUUUUACGGCGUGAUCUUUGCUGAACGUGAACGAUGUCAAGGUCGAAUUGGCCUAUCUGGAAAUGAAAUUGGUUUACCCCUAUAUGAUGAUCGGCUGAUGCUCGUGCAGGAGCUAUGUGAUCAGAGUUUAGAGUCUUUGGUUUUUGGAACGAAGGACAAGCAGUGCGGGUCAUUUUCCAAAACAUUGCGACGGGGAGAAACGCAUGAGUUUUUCUUCAAUAUGUGCUCAUCGAUAUGUGAGGGUCUAAGCUACAUGCAUAGUACAGGGUACUUACACAGGGAUUUGAAACUCUCAAAUGUUCUGGUAAUAAAUGGUGUUGGAAAACUGAGCGACUUGGGAUUUGCUAGAGCAGAAGCUGUCGUUUCUGGGACAUCAGCUGGUACUUUGUCGCACAUGGCACCAGAACUUUUAGAGGAAAAAGUGUAUAGUUUCAGCUCAGAUGUUUACAGUUUGGGUAUUCUUACAUGGGAACUCUGGUAUGGUACUCGAUCGUAUUCAGAUGCAGAUUUUGCUGGUUUUGGUGUUGCCCAAUUUAUCGAUGCAGUAAAACGAGGAAAGAGGCCAAAUUGUGAUAAGGAACAUACAAUGAUGGUCGAAUUAAUCAAUUUGGUUCAACAAUGCUGGAGUAAUGAUCCGAAACGACGUCCAAUCGUGCAACAAGUCGGCUUUAAGCUGAGAAAAAUCGAUGAAAAAUAUCGGAGAGAUAUUUCUAGAUAAUUACCAAAAUACUGUACCUGGUAUAUUUAGUUUACACAUAGCUGA